CUGCUUUAAUACACCAUGCUCGGUGGAAACAAUGCGGCAGACGGUGGCGAGCUGGAUGUGGGUGUUGCUAGCUAGGCCAGGAUUUAAUGCCCAUCCCUGCUGUGGGUUUGGAAUCACACGUAGGCCAGAUCAGGUUAAGAUGACAGUUUCAAUACAGUGUGGAGCUGGAGGAAGACAGCAGGUCACCCAGCAUCAGAGGAGCAGGAUGAAAAAGAAAUUCUAUUCCUGGGAAGAAUGCAUGAAUCUCAGGGAAGUUAAGUCACUUAAGAAAUUAAACCAUGCAAAUGUUAUCAAGCUAAAAGAAGUUGUAAGGGAAAAUGAUCAUCUUUACUUUGUUUUUGAAUACAUGAAAGAAAACCUAUAUCAACUAAUGAAAAACAGAAACAAACUGUUUCCUGAAUCAGCCAUUAGGAACAUCAUGUAUCAGAUAAUACAUGGGCUUGCGUUUAUCCAUAAGCACGGGUUUUUUCACCGUGAUAUGAAGCCUGAAAAUCUGCUGUGCAUGGGUCCAGAAUUUGUCAAAAUAGGAGAUUUUGGAUUAGCCAGAGAGAUUAGAUCACGUCCACCAUAUACAGACUAUGUAUCCACACGUUGGUAUCGUGCUCCUGAAGUGCUAUUUCGAUCCUCUGUUUACAGCUCUCCAAUAGAUAUAUGGGCAGUUGGCUGCAUUAUGGCUGAGCUGUACACUCUGAGACCACUCUUUCCAGGGACCAGUGAAGUGGAUGAAAUCUUUAAAAUUUGUCAAGUGUUGGGCACACCAAAAAAAAAUGAUUGGCCAGAAGGUUAUCAGCUUUCAGCUGCUAUGAAUUUCCGUUUUCCACAGUGUAUACCCACACAUCUGAAGACAUUAAUUCCCAAUGCUAGUAAUGAAGCAGUAGAAUUAAUGAAAGACAUGCUUCAUUGGGAUCCUAAAAAAAGGCCAAAUGCCAGUCAAGCACUACACUAUCCUUAUUUCCAAGUUGGCCAAUCUUUAGAUUAUCCAGUGCAAUAUGUACAACGGCCACAGUUACAGAACAAAAUGACUCAGCCAACAGAACUCAAGCAAGUGAAUUUGGCAAAAUAUGAAUCUCUGCCUCAGUCUCCAGCUCAACCUGUGCUUUCUUCUCAGACUCAGCUAAACAGAACUCAUCAAACAUUUCAACAGAAUCCAACAUCAGGAACUAACAAUAACGCCACAGGGUUUAAAAGUGGCAGACGGCACUGGGGUGAAACUGGACUGAACACUAAGGACAGUUGGGCUGAUUUUCAAAAUUCUGAUGUUGAACUGCCAUACUCAAAAGAACCUCGUGUGAUAGCAAUAAAAGAAAAAUCCAAUAAUGAUUCUCUUCAAAGAAUAAUUAAUUUGUUUUUAUCAGGAGUGCAUCUCAAGAAUACAGCAGUUAUAGCAAGCAAUAAAGAUACCAGCAAAGCACAUGGAAUUAUUGGUGGAGAAUUUUCUAUUGGAAGGGUUCAUGCAGGAAAGUUUGAAGUUUUUAAUCCAGAUUAUAACUCAUCCAAAGGUUAUAUAUCAUCCUUUCUCAAGAAGGAAGUUGGUUCAGCAGGACAGAGAGCUCAAUUUGCUCCUAUUGGAGGAUCCACAGGCAACUACGAUGCAUGGAAAACCAAAAUAACCAGGUCUCAACUCCCAGGCUGCAACUGUAAUCCAGCUACGAAAAAAUCCACAUGGGUUUUACCCCGUCCACCAACCAUUGAGUCAAUACAUCGAAGAACUGAUUGGAUAUCUAAGUAUGGUGGCCGUAGAUAGACCAUCAACAUUCUGUGCUAUCAGCCCAUACUGACCAUUUUGACGUAGGAACUGCUGCUAGCCCAAAUGAAAGUGCAGCAACAAAACUAUCUGAAAACUCAAACGAUUGUGAACCAAAUCCCAUACAAAACUAUUUCAUUUAAGAUGACAUUUUUUUCUGUUUGAUUGUUAACAGGAUUAUUUUCUAGCUUGGAAUCAAGUAGGUCUUCUCAAAGUUCAAAAUUUAAUAGUCCAUUUAGACUUUAAAUAUAUGGGCAAUGACUGCAGCUCUGGACUAUUUAAUGUUCCUUGUAGAAAUUUAUUUAAGCAUUUUAAUAUUUACAUUUUUUUAAAUUAUUGAUUAUUUUGUUUAUAUACAUGUACCUUGUAGAUGUUAUACCAUUAUGACUAUCCUUGACAUUGUACCUAGUAUUUGAGAGUCGAGAACAGAUCUUGAUGGUCCUCCUACUGUAUAAAAGAGAGCUUUACCAAUAAUGAUGCUUCUUCACAACUGUCUGGAAUGAAUGGUACCAAGAAGUCAAAAAAUCCAAGUCAGCUAUUAGACUGUAAUAUGUGUUUCUUGUUUCAUUAUUUAAAUAUAGGGAUCAGUAUUUCUUGAUGUAAAAAAAAACUGGAAGAACUGCAGAUGCUGGAAAUCAGAAACAUAAACUAAAAUUGCUGGAAAAUCUCAGCAGGCCUGGCAGCAUCUGUGGAGAGAAAUCAGAAUUAAUGUUUCAGGUCAGUGAUGCUGCCAGACCUGCUGAGAUUUUCCAGCAAUGUUUGUUUCUGUAUCAGUAUUUUUUGCCCAGAUUUGACAGUAGUUACUGGCACCAGAGGAAGAGUGACUGAUCAUCAUAUAACACUUCAGCUAUCAGGGGCGGCACGGUGGCUCAGUGGUUAGCACUGCAGCCUCACAGCGCCAGGGACCCGGGUUCGAUUCCUGCCUUGGGCGACUGUCUGUGCAGAGUUUGCACAUUCUCCCCGUGUCUGCGUGGGUUUCCUCCGGGUGCUCCGGUUUCCUCCCACAGUCCAAAGAUGUGCAGGCUAGGUGGAUCGGCCAUGCUAAAUUGCCCGUAGUGUUCAGGGGUGUGUGAGUUAUAAGGGGAUGGGUCUGCGUGGGAUGCUUGAAGGGGCAGUGUGGACUUGUUGGGCCGAAGGGCCUGUUUCCACA